UAGUGAGGUUAUGUCAUUAUAAACUUUAUAUAACGAUAGUAUAAUACAUGUUAUAUUAAUAUAUAUUAUAUGUUAUACAUUAAACUAUUUUGUUCAGUGUAAGUGAAAAAUUGUGUUAAAAUGACGGCUAAAGGGCUGAGGGUGCCGUUUGAAGAUGCUUUGAAUAUGACAGGGUACAGUCGUUACAAUGCGUGCCUGUUCAUCCUGUGUGCCAGUAUCAUCGUGGGCAUGACGUACGAGAUCUUCUCCGUGUCCUACAUAGUGCCAGCCAGCGUCUGUGAGCUGCACACCACCAGCACAGAACAGGGACUUAUGGCCAGCGUUCCUUUGAUUGGAAUCAUAACCACAUCUCACAUUUGGGGCUACCUGGCGGACACGAGAGGUCGGCGGAAGGUGCUCAUCAUCUCCAUGACCUUGACAUACCUCGCUGGCACAGCAGCCACGCUGUCACCCAACUGGAUUGUGUUGAGUUUACUCAAACUGCUCUCUUCUAGCUCAGUAUCGGGGUCUAUGGCGUUAUCAAUGACUUUACUGAGCGAGUGUACGCCUUCUCAGAAACGAAGUGGCCUAGUGUUGCUGAGCACCAGUGCUUACCUCAUAUCUAUUGGAGUUAUGGCAGUGAUUGCGAUACCAGUUCUACCACUGACCUUCUCGUUCUACAUUCCUGUACUGGACAUCUACUUCAACUCCUGGAGGCUGCUGAACCUGAUCUUUGCUGUGCCUUGUGCGUUGUGUGCUGUUGGCUGCUUCUUUGCCAAUGAGAGUCCUAAAUACCUGGUCAGUGUUGGAAGAGAAGAAGAUGCCUUGCAGGUCCUCAAGCGGAUGUACGUUAUUAAUACUGGGAAGAGUGCUGAAACAUAUACAGUGUCUGCUUUAGAAUUGGAGGAAGGCCAAGCGUCAUCGUUUACCAAGGGAUUCUGGGGAUCAGUCGCAGCACAGACCAUUCCUAUGGUGAAACCACCACUACUGAAGAACACAUUACUUCUAUCUUUCCUAUACGUCAUUUCUUAUAUUACAAUGAACGCCUUCUUCGUGUGGUUACCUUACAUAGUGAACGCAUUUAUGACGUCAGUGGUGGCUGGGGAAAGACACCUGACCAUCUGUGAGAUGAUCAGACUUUCUGCAAACUCUUCAACAGUUCAAGAGACUAACGACUGUUCCAUGAACAGCCAAGCAAUGAUCCUGGUGUUCGGGAUAGUGAUGGUGCUCGGUGUCUGCAAUAUCUUCACCAGCGCUAUCUCCAACUGCAUCGGGAGGAAGACACUCUUUGUUUGCAUGCAGGUCAUAGCAGGAGGAGCAGCAUUAGUUAUCAACUUCAGCCCCUUCUGGGUUUUGAGUGCCAUACUGUUCAUGGUCUUCCUGUCUGCAGUCUUCGCGUUUGGUCUUCUAACUUCCUUCUGCGUCGACGUCUUUCCUACUUAUGUCAGAGCCAUGGCAGUAUGUCUUACAUUGAUGGUAGGUCGAGGCAGCGCUGUCGUUGGUAUUAAUGUUUUAAAGAAACUGCUUGACACUGACUGCGAAGCUGCGUUCUAUAUUUUUGGAGCUGUAGCUGUUGGUGGAGGUUUGGUAGGUCUACUUCUACCCUCGGAUGCGAAAAUAAUAGCACAGAAAAAAGCAUUAAACCGUAACCCUUGAACAUUUAAAGAAAACAAUAAGAACUGAGUAUUUUUUGUACAUAUACAAAGUUUAGUACAUACUAAACUAUUAGGUGAGAAAAAUAGAGGUCGCUAGUCUCUUGUAUAAUACCAUCUCUCUUUUUCAAGACAUUAAUAAAACUAAAGCGGGAUAUAUAAAAUAAACCCUAAGAACUUUCGAAUAAGGUUGACACUUGUAUUUUGCAGUAGUAAUGAUAAUGAUUCGUUUAUAUUUCUGAUGGAUUAUUUGAUGUCGAAGUGUGUUUGUAGGUAUACUACGUUUGUUGCUGGACCGAUUUUGAUUCUUAAAUCAGAUACAAUAAGGUAUUUUUUUGUAAAAUAAAAGUUUUAUUAGAUAAGGUAUAGUUUGUAAGUUAGUUCAAUAAAAAGCAAUGCAAUUUUGUGAUAAUAGUAAUCUUAAUAUAUUAAAAAAUGUAAGUAUUGUGUGAUUGUUAAAGCGUGGGAAGUGCAAUAAAUUAAAUUAUUCUGUUUGUUUUUA